GAAAAAAAAACUAGUUUAAAAGGAAACUUCACAAUGCGAAACAAAGAUAAGGCAGUGCUACAGUGCUAGCAGCAGAGUCUCGCCGUAGAGCAUUCCAGAGGGUGCAUGUUUAUCCUUAAAGAGGGGAAAAAGAAUCUUACAGGUUCCAAGAACUGUGGUGCAUAUUUAAUAUUCUUCUGGCACACCCUCUCUUUGGGGGUUGGAUGCCAUAGGUAGAAACAGAAUUGGCCAAAGAAAGAAACUGGAUUCUAAUCAGAGAAAUACUGUGGAGACAUUUGAAAGAAAGAAAGAAUGAAUGCAGCAUCUCAAACCUUCAUCUUAAAUCUAACUCCACAGGUGGCCACAUGUAAGCAGAGAGUACAUGAGUUUAUUGUGCCUAGCCUGAAUUGUAGACAUUUCGGUCUUUCAUGGAAGCUUAGACAUGGUGCAAGAAAUAUUUUAAGAAGGGAAUACAUUAAAUGCCUUCCUACUGCUGAUGUAUUAUCAGAUGCCCAAAUUUCUUCUGAUCAGUUUGAGGACUUCUCUGUCUCUGUUGCUGACAACAAUGAUUCUAGUGAACUAAAGAUAAGCGUAGAAGUAUCUGGAAACAAAACUCAAAGGAUAUUUGAUGACGUCUUUAAGAAAAUGGUUGCAGCUGCACAACCUAUCCCAGGAUUUCGAAGAGUAAAAGGAGGAAAAACGCCAGAUAUACCAAAAAACAUUUUAUUAGAGGUGCUUGGACCUUCCAAAGUUUUCAAUGAAGUUAUCAAGAAAAUAAUCAACUCAACUGUAGCUGAAUACGUGGAGAAGGAGUGUUUGAUAGUUAGCAAGGACCUUAGAGUUGAGCAAAGCUUUGAAGAUCUUGAAACUACUUUUGAGGAAGGAGAAAAAUUCAGCUUUGAUGUUGUACUUGAGCUUCAAAAAUAAAUUGAAUUACAUUUGUUUGUUCAAAUUUUAUCUUAUAUUUUGCUGUUUCAAUGUGAUAGUUUUCAAUACCAUAUAUAACUCUUGCAAGAAAAUAUUUACUUCUA